AACUUCGAAGCUUCGAAUCUUCGAAGUUAUCAAAAGUAACAGCCCUAGUGUAUGUUGUACAGACGUAUCCAUACAUUUGACGUUUCUGUGUGUUAUAGGGGUUCAAAUUGCAAUCGUAGCCAAAAGUUUUGAUCAUAGGAAAAAUAGUAAUAUCUUUCAUAUCCUAGAGUCUUGAUUCUUGGAUGUUGUAAGCGCGAUAACUACCUUAACGUACAAGUCUCUUUCUCUUGUUAAAAUAACAGUUGCGAAUUUUUGGACAUCAACCGAUCUUACAGAGGACGUUUUCCAGCAAGGACACAGUGUAACACAGUGAAUCGUUUCAUCCUUGUUUAACGUUGGCAAACAACAAGGAUGUAAUGUUAAUUCAGUGCUACACUGUGUCACAUUGUGUCCUUGCUGGAAAACGCCCACAAUCUGUAAUUUAUACAGUAAUGUAACGUUGAUUCCAUGACAAUGCUAAACGUCACUAUCAUAAUACUGCAGAUGUUGCUCCACACUCCCGUGGAGACACCGAAAAUCGCUGAUUUCUCGUUCUCGAUCACGCCCGGUGAGGAGACUCGAGUGAUCGUCAGGCCGCGGAUAUCGUCCGCCAAUCCGGCGAUAAUCUCCAUACCGCAGAGAAAGCGGAAGUGCUUCUUCACAACCGAGAGGAAACUGCGUUAUUAUCGGACAUACACGCAGAGGAAUUGCAUUCUGGAGUGCGAGGCGAAUUUCACGCAGCAGCUCUGCGACUGCGUGCAAAACUACAUGCCAAAAUCAUCGAAAACGCCAAUUUGUAGCAAGAGGGACGAGCAGUGUGCUAAACACGCUAGACGGGCCAUGGAAGUUAAGCUCUACGACGAGGAUCUGACGAGCCCCCUCAACAUCACGGAAGUACCAAGCUGCAAUUGCUGGCCAGGCUGCUCCGAGAUCAAUUACAGGAUCGAGCUCUCGCAGAACAAAUUGUUACCGACCUUCCAAACUAAUAAGCGAUUUAUGAAGAAAGACAUGAAUUACUUCACGGAAAACAUGGCGGUGGUUCAUCUGUUCUUCGUGGACUCCCAAUUCACGAAGUACGUGAAAAGCGAGCUCUUUGGAUUCAUUGAAUUUCUGUCGAGCACGGGAGGCUUGCUAGGUCUCUUCAUGGGCUUCAGUUUUUUGUCAUUUAUGGAAAUACUGUAUUUCUCAACGAUGCGGCUAUGGUGCCGCUUGUACAAUCGCCGGGAAUUGCCGAGACCCAACGUGCUCCAGGCACAUCCAUUAGACGACCAUAAAAAGAUCGUCUAUCCGUUCACGAAUUGAAUUAGGUGUAGAUAAUAAUAAUAUCACAUAAAUAGGGAGCUAUAUAGGUGAAGUGUGUCAUCAAAAGUAGAGAUUAAAAAGCAAGUUUUUUAAAAAAAAUGAAGUACAAAAAGUAAGCAAAAAAACUUGUUU